UUAAAACUGUAAUUAAAAAUAAAUAGCAGAAAAAAUUAUCUGUUUUUGAGUCUUGUGUCACUACUCUGAAUAAAAUGUUGGACGAAAUUGUUAGUACCAGACAAUUUAAUGAGGCACUCCUCAAGGCUGAAGCUAAAUUGAUGGUGGUAAACUUCUCUACUGAUUGGCAUGGACCUUGUAUUAGAACUGCAAAUUCUUACAAAGCAUUAAGUGAAAAGUAUAAACAAGUAUGUUUUUAUACGCUCAACUUGGAGAAGUGUGCAAACUUAGGGACUACAUAUGAAAUCAUGGAGAUGCCAACAUUUGUUAUCUAUAAAAAUGGAGUUAAGCUAGACUACAACAGGGGCAUUAAUAUGGAUGACUUAGAAGCAAAACUCAAAUAUCAUUUGGGCCCUGAAAAAGACAAUGUUGAAUAAUUUAUACUUUUAAAGUCUAACUGUGUUUUAUAAUAAAGCAACAAAUUUUUUUAUUUU